CACUUUGGUUGAUUCUUCCUGCCCUAGUUGCCUGCACACUGCAUAGACCACGGCUCUCCUGGUUCAGUCCCUCUGCAGUCUCCACAAACCGAGAUCGUCUACUCUAGGGUUUCUGCAACGCCAGCGUCUAUCAGUUUUUCUUAGCGUCAAGCAAGUGAGAAAAUGUCAGUGUUGAUAGUAACGAGCUUAGGAGACAUAGUAGUGGAUUUGUACGCAGACAAAUGCCCCUUGACCUGCAAAAACUUCUUGAAGCUCUGCAAGAUCAAGUACUACAAUGGCUGUCUAUUCCACACAGUACAGAAGGAUUUCACAGCGCAGACCGGUGACCCCACUGGGACUGGAACGGGUGGGGAUUCAGUCUACAAGCUCCUUUAUGGUGAUCAGGCUCGAUUCUUCAGCGACGAGAUACAUUUGGAUUUGAAGCAUUCCAAGAUGGGCACAGUUGCUAUGGCUAGUGCUGGAGAGAAUCUCAAUGCGUCCCAGUUCUAUGUCACACUGCGUAGUGAUCUGGACUAUCUGGACGGGAAGCACACAGUUUUUGGAGAGGUAGCAGAAGGGAUUGAGACUUUGACAAGAAUAAAUGAUGCUUAUGUCGAUGAGAAGAACAGACCAUAUAAGAAUAUCCGAAUCAAGCACACCUAUGUAUUGGAUGAUCCUUUUGAUGACCCUCACCAGCUAGCUGAGUUAAUUCCUGAGGCUUCUCCGGAAGGAAAACCAAAUGAUGAGGUUGAUGUAGACGUACGCCUUGAAGAUGAUUGGGUGCCUUUGGAUGAGCAAUUGGGUCCUGCUGAGCUUGAGGAGAUGGUCCGAGUCAAGGAAGCUCAUUCUAGUGCAGUUGUUCUCGAGAGUAUUGGGGAUAUUCCUGAAGCUGAGGUAAAGCCUCCAGAUGAUGUGCUAUUUGUUUGUAAACUGAAUCCAGUUACUGAAGAUGAGGACUUGCAUACAAUAUUUUCACGUUUUGGAACUGUAUUAUCGGCUGAGAUAAUCCGUGAUUAUAAAACUGGAGACAGCUUGUGCUAUGCUUUCAUUGAGUUUGAGACAAGAGAUGCAUGUGAGGCAGCAUAUUUUAAGAUGGAUAAUGCUUUAAUUGAUGAUAGAAGGAUUCAUGUUGAUUUUAGUCAAAGUGUUUCCAAAUUGUGGUUCCAAUACAGACGCAAAGAUAACCAAAUGGGUAAAGGGAGAGGUUGCUUCAAGUGUGGUGCUCUUGAUCACAUGGCAAAGGAUUGCACUGGGAUUCCUGCCGCUAAACUACAGCCUGCGAACUAUAUCUUAAAGCAUGAUAACAGACAGCAUGGUGGAGAUCAGAAUUCUAGGUAUGAUAUGGUAUUUGAUGGUGAGACUCCAGAAGUUCAUGAAAAGAGGCAUGGACAUCACAUUCCAGAUGACCGAAUUAGCGAACAAAAGAUGCAUAGAAGUUCACAAGAUGUGAGAUAUAGGGUUGACGAGAGGAAAGGCUCAAGUGAUAGGCACCGGCAGAGUGACAGAACUAGAGGACCUGGAGAAGAUGAUAUGCAUCGGGAAGGUAAAGCGAGUUUAUCCCGUGGAAGUAGAAGAGACCAGGAUUAUUAUGAAGGGAAAAUGGACAAAGAAAAACAUUCAGAGAGAAGAACGGAUAGAGAUGAUUGUCGGAGUAAGCGAAGUUCAGACAGCGUUCAUCGAGAUGACCGUGCUGAAAGGAGGGAAGAUGAAUAUUAUAGGAAGAGAACUGUAGAUAAUGAUAGCCAUAUAAAAAGAAGGGAUGAAGUUGAGUCUAGAAAAAGUAUGGAAGUCGAUCAUAGAAAAAGAAGAGCAGUUGAUGGUGACAGAGAUUACAGAAGGAAAAAUGUAGAUGAGGAUAGACAUGAUGCCAGGGAAAAAGAGCCGCUGCGUAGGAAAAACAGUGCAGACUAUGAUGGCCAUAAGAGGAGGGAAGAACACGAGCAUAGACAUAAAGGCAGAAAUGAAAAUGAUGAUGAUCGUCGUGAACUUGACAGUGGCAAAAGGCAGCGAGAUGAUAGAAGGAGAUGAAGCUGAUGGGCCUGAUUUUGUAUGAUUAAGCACUUGUUUUCUACAAAAUAUUUUGUAAAACAAACCAUUUAAUUGUUUUGCAGCAAGGUAAGUAACUUAUUUCGUACAUAUUAUCACUUUGCAGGAGAGGAGAGAAGGCUGAAGAGAUGAUUUACUUUUGGACUUGCUCCAUGAUAACGUUUUUGAUGUAAUGAGAAGGUACUUCGAAUGGGGCAAAUAAUUUGAAUUUGAUGGAUUUCUCUAAA